ACAUAUCAAGCACCCUCCCCCGAAAGUAGACUGUGGCUCAGUUCGUUCGUGAUUCAACAUUUUUUUGACGUUCACAUCUUCAACUAACUUAAAGGCAUUCUACCUUUACUCCAUUACCACAUCUCUCUCGCCCCACUGCCGGCCAUCUCUUGCGCCAAAAUCUUACUUCAUUUCCGUUAGGGGAUUUUUUUUCUUUUUUCUUUGGGUUUCCUUCUGGACAAACGAACAAGGCACGGAGCCAUCGAAACGACACAGAACAAGCUUGGCUACCAGAAAAGAGCUUGGAAUUAUAACGUCAUAGUCACAGCUGGUUCAAACUGGGGAUAUCCAACAGCCACAACACUCACACACACAUACCGCAAAAAUGCACGCAAGAGACGCAGCAGGCCGGCAAGUGUCGUUAUUGAACGAUGAUGCCCCUUCAUACUCGCCUCCAGUAGAAUACUCAACAGUACAAAGGCUCUCAUACUCGACUGCAAACCACGUCCUCUCUCGACCAUUCAACGCCGCACUCGCAAGAAGCGCAUCAGCCUCGCCCAACGCCCCGCAACUAUCACGGUCCGACUCGUAUGACUCCCAGAACAGCAGCGAGCCCUUGUCACCUAUGACGCCAAACGUCAUGUACGCCGACUACGGCCACCCAACCCCGGCACUCUACAGUUCGUCAGAAAGCACUACUCCCUACGAUGAUUACCUCCCCGACGCGCCCCCUCCAACAAGCUCAGCAAAGAGGCCCGUCACCUUUGGCAGCCGCAGCAGCAGGUCUGGUUCGUACGAUGACGAUAUGGCUGGCAGUGGGAACAGCAGCAGCAACCCCACAUCCACCGGAAAGCGCUACCCGUGCAGAUACCGCGACAGCCACGGCUGCGAAAAGACAUUCACGACCUCAGGCCACGCCUCGAGGCACUCCAAGAUACAUACAGCCGAAAAGGCCGUCCAGUGCACGUACCCGGGCUGCAACAAGAAGUUCACGCGUGCCGAUAACAUGAAGCAGCACCUUGAGACUCACUACAAGGACCGCAACCGAUCAGGCGCAACCAGGCCGACCGUGUCAGCACGUAGGUCUAGCUCCUCUAGCAAACACAGCAGUGGCAGCAGCAGCGGAAGCACAGCAGGUCCUAAGGUGGUCGACAGCUCAACGCCAUUGCCUUCGCCAGGGAUUCAAGGCAGCAACUGGCACAUGAGGACAUUUAACGGGUCGCUUUUGGCCCGCCCAGUACCAUCCAGGAACAUGAGCAUCGGUCUCGAUGCGUUAGCGGCCGUGGCCUGCCAGGAGGGCGCCUAAGUUACGUGAGAACUCAGGCCGAUCCCCCCACCCUACACUCACCUAUGUCAACCGCCUCGCAACCAACUGCAUAGCAUACCUACAAAAUUCUUCGCAAUCGACACCAAUGACGCCAUUCCCCGCGACACUAGCUUUUGUUUGCGCAAUACACCCUCCGCGUCCAAAAGUUUUGCAACGUCUUCCUUUCCGACCAAACGUACAUAUACACGAGGCGUAUUUAACCAUGCUCCGACCAAUUGGUUUUCUUGUGAUAUUUUCUUUUUUUGCCCUCGCCUCCCAUUACUUCUGAGUGUCUUUUUCUUUAGCGCACACGAAAUUUCUCUUAACAACAACACGGUGUAACUCGGGUAUUCUUUUUCUUUUUACGGUUUUUUUUUGGGAUGGUGCACGCAUACGAUAAAGCACCUUGCUUGCAUAGAGCACACGAGCAUUGGGACGGCGCAUUUGGAGUUGUUUUGGGGGGUUUCCAUCUUGGACCUCUUUUUCCUAUUUGUUUUUUUAUAUAUAUUUGGGAUAUGGGAUCUGUCUUAAUGGUUGACUCCCUCGAGAGCGACUAAUGCAGCAAAGGAUAUACACGGCGCCUUUGAAAAUAUACACAUACACGGGGUUCUAUUGUAUUGGGAAGCAGGCGGUGGUUCACAUCACGUCUCAUGAUUUUCUUAUUCUGUUCCUACAGUGUUAUGAAUUGUCCGGUUUCCCUUUUUUAUGCUUUGCCUAUAUAUCAUCACAUUUCGUUACAUAUACCAGGGCGGCAAUUGGAGGAAGCGAUUGGAGAAAGUACAUGAACGGACCCUAAACUUCAAAGCUCACUCUAUAGUGUGGUUUAUGUUCCGCAGAAAUGAAAUAAAAUACGUCCACCCCCUCAAUUAAAAGACGAAAAGAACAAUUUACUCCCUUGUGACUCAACUUAUCUUUUACU